GUAGAGGGCACGAGAUGGAGGUAACAGCACUCGCGUGACCCACAGGUGAAGGAGAGAGGGAGGAGGCGCCCACUUUACAAGCCUCUCCAUGCUCAUGAUGGCACGUGGAACAGUAGCGGCUGUGAUGAUGGUGGUGACACAGGCCGCUGUUCCUCUCGGUAUCACUCAGUCUCAGCCACCAGCAGCAGGGGCACUUGUCCAGCAGCAGGGGGACGUGGUGAGUCUCCUGGAUGAAGUGGCUGGGGGGCGUCUCGCUGCCUGCCAUCCCAUCAUCCUCACACACAACAUCACUGCUUCACCUCGCCUACACACCAUACUUCUCGGGCUGCAACAAUCCAUGGCCAAUGCCUUUCUCAUCUAUGACGUGGAAACAUACCUAAGGAGCUACCCAUCUGGCGUCCUCAUACGACAUCGACCCCAAAAAUCUGAUGGUACUUACUGUGUCGCUUACUACGUCCUCGCCCCGCUCCCAAUCCUCGCCACCGCUCUUUCUGCCAUUCCUAAGACAGACUGGUUCCCUGGGGCCACCAGGUACUUCGUCUGCUGUACUGGGAGCAGCAGCAGCUUGGCCAUCAACACCCUGGAGGAGGAACCCUCUAUCCUGGCCUCUUACAACACCCUCUACGUCACGCACAACCCCUACCACGACCCCCAGGACAACAGGUCGUGGUCACUCCACCUCCUUUCCAACUGCCCGUUCUGUCGGUCUGGGGAGCCAGAGGUCAUCCUGAGGAACAAGUGGAGUCCCUGGCGCGGCCUUCAGCACCACACUGACCUCUUCCCUGACCUCUUCAGCGACUGUAACGGCCACGUCUUCAGGGCCGUCUCAAUGAGUUUCCCUCCCUUCAGUCACUACUCAUCAGGUAAUAGGACACACCCAUUGGUGAUGGAAGACUGUUUGGACAAACGGAUCAUCGACACCGUCGCUCAGGUUCGCAACUUCACCUACGAGGUGUACGAGCCAACUGAUGAAAUGUGGGGGUACCAGUUGGAGAACGGCAGCUUCACGGGGGUGGUGGGUGAGGUGCAGCGCUACAUGAAGGACUUCUCCCUCGACCUUUCUGUGACGGCUGAGCGGGAGGAGGUAAUCGACUUCACUGUUGGCUACUAUUGGGAACCUCUAACAUUCGUCACCAGUAAGCCACAGCCGCUGCCGCAAUGGUUGGCUCUGGUGCGUCCGUACCAGGCGUAUGUGUGGCUCUCCUUCCUGCUGAUGCUGGCCGCUGCUGGACCCACCUACUGGCUCCUGCAGAAGCUGUCAGGCAACUUCCAGUCCCUUCCAGGGGCCACCCUCCACAUGUAUGGUGCCAUGUUCAUGCAGGGUCGACGAUGGCCGUCCAGUUCGGCAGUGCGGGUGUUCUCUGCUUCGUGGCUUCUCUUCUGCCUGGUGGUGACGGUGUCUUACGUGGGCAACCUGACAGCCUUCCUCACGGUGCCGGCCCUUUCCCCGACCGUCGACAGCUUGGAGGAACUCUUAGACUCCGACUUUGUGUGGGGCAUUAAUGACUUUGGCGCUGCUGACUAUCAGCUCUUUAAGACCAGCAAGGUGCCACUCUACCAGGAGAUCUUCCGGGGACUGACCUUCUGCCCGUCGCUGGUGGAGUGUGUCCAACAGGCCCUGGACGAACGAUUUGCUUUCAUCUCCUUCCAGACUUACCUGCGGGACGCCAUCGCCACGUACUUCACUGACAAGAACGGAGACACACAAGUGCAUUUGGCCAAGCAGAGCUUCUUCCCAGCAUCUGUCGCCAUUGCUAUGCAGAAGGGGUCGCCCAUGAAGCGGGUUUUCGAUGGCGUCUUGAAGCGGCUGUUGGGUGGAGGCUUCAACACUAGGUGGAUGUCUGCGCUGAUCGAGGAGCACACGCUGGCCACCCGCAGGAAGGCCGCGACAGCUGCAACGUUGUCGGGGGAGACGGAGGCAGUGUUGGAGGGGAAUCAACUGAGCCUCACCUUGCACCACCUGCAGGGAGUCUUUUACAUCUACGCCGUGGGUCUACUUCUCUCUGCUCUCACCUUCACCUGUGAGCUGAUCCUCUUUGGCCUGCACAGCGGCGGCAACAAGGGCUGAGGCCAUCAACCAAUCCUGAAAGACGUGCUCAAUAUCUCUCUUCCAAUUUAUUCGUAUGCAACAGAGUUGUUCUUUUAAUCUCUACUGACAAUAGAUGUACAGUACAGUACCUUUAUUUUUAGUGAUCUGUCUAUAGUAGGUUAUCAAAUUUACAUAUCAGGCAAGUAAUGUAUCCAUCAUACGCACUCUGUGUUUAUGUAUAUACUAAAAUUUUAUAAAUUGAUGGCUUUAUUUUACUUAAUACAUUAAACAAACCACUUUUUAUUAAUGAAAUAGAUUGGACCAAAUAAGAAUUCAUAUAUGUACUCUGUAUAUUUACAUAUAUUUAAAGGAAUUCUUGGAUUGUUAAAAUUCUAGAAUGUAAUAUCUUUUGUUGAUGGUUUACGUAUUGCUGGAGUUCAACAACGAAGGUCUUUAAGUAGGUGCUUUAGGAUAGUUGGUACAUUACUAGAAAUCAACAGUUAAGAGAGAUACAUCUUACUGGUGGUUGUUAGUGUGUACGUGUGCUCGGUAGGUUACUUACUGUUUACCAUAAAGAUUGAGGCUAUGAAGACUUAUUCCUUAAAACAUCUGUCACUGAGUCACUCUAUUGGUACUCUCACCAUAGUGGCACUCUUAUCGUAGAGGUAUUCUUAUCCUCGUGUCACUAACCAUACUGACACUCACCAUACUGUCACUCACUAUACUGACACUCACCAUACUGUCACUCUCACUAUACUGCCACUCACCAUACUGUCACUCACUAUACUGUCACUCUCACUAUACUACCACUCACCAUACUGUCACUCUCACUAUACUGACACUCGCCAAACUGUCACUCUCACUAUACUGACACUCAUCAUACUGGCACUCUCACUGACACUCGCCAUACUGGCAUUCGCACUAUACUGACAUUCAUUAUACUGACACUCACUAUACCGACACUCACCAUACUGGCACUCUCACUAUACUGACAUUCAUUAUACCGACACUCACUAUACUGACACUCACCAUAUUGACUCACUAUACUGUCACUCACUAUACCGACACUCACCAUACUGGCACUCUCACUAUACUGACAUUCAUUAUACCGACACUCACUGACUCACCAUAUUGACUCACUAUACUGUCACUCACUAUACUGACACUCGCUAUGCUGACACUCGCUAUACUGACACCAUACUGACACUCCCUGUGCUGACACUCACUAUACUGGCACUCACCAUACGGGCACCCUCACCAUGCUGGCACCCUCACUAUACUGACACCCUCACCAUAGUGGCACCCUCACUAUUCUGACACUCCCUAUACUGGAACUCGCACUAUACUGACAUUCAUUAUACCGACACUCACUAUACCGACACUCCCCAUACUGACACUCUCACUAUACUGACAUUCAUUAUACCGACACUCACUAUACUGACACUCACCAUAUUGACUCGCUAUACUGACACUCACUAUAGUGACACUAUACUGACACCAUACUGGCACUCCCUAUACCGACACUCACUAUACUGACAUUCAUUAUACCGACACUCACUAUGACACUCACCAUAUUGACUCGCUAUACUGACACUCGCUAUACUGACACUCACUAUAGUGACACUAUAGUGACACUAUACUGACACCAUACAGACACUCCCUAUACCGACACUCACUAUACUGACAUUCAUUAUACCGACACUCACUAUGACACUCACCAUAUUGACUCGCUAUACUGACACUCGCUAUACUGACACUCACCAUACUGGCACUCAUUAUACCGACACUCACUACACUGACAAUCACUAUACUGACACUCACCAUACUGGCACUCAUUAUACCGACACUCACUACACUGACACUGGCACCCUCACCAUACUGGCACCCUCACCAUACUGGCACCCUCACCACCUCCACAUCCCCUUUACCCAUCACUACACUGGCGUCUCUUAAAGACUUUACAGUAGUAGUUCACUCCACAGUCUUCACAAGGUACUGUAUAAGCCCCUAAUAAAAAAGUGUCUUUAACUUUUUUCCGUCUUUACAAUAUGAAACAUAGGACGAAAUUCUUUGGUAUAUUAUCCAGUCCAUCGUCAUAUGUUAGUAUGCCUGCUCCCCAUUUUUGG